AUGAGCUCUGCAGGCUCCGAUACAGCGGUACAGCAUGUCGACCCUGAGGCAGAGGUUAGUGGUACCCCGCUAAACAACACCUCCUGCGAGGAGGCGGUCGCUACAGACAGCUUUCACAUCAACGGCGCUGGCAAGGAUAAGCCCCUGUCCGAAAUUCCUUCCACCAAGAAGCGUCUCUUGCGGAAGGAAAACAAAGGUGGGGCUGCUGCCGAAGUCGCUAGAAGGCUUAAACAGGAAGAAAAAAGGCUCGCUGAGAAAAUUGCCAAGGCGCGCGAAGCAGAGGCUCAGGCAGCGAAGGAGAAGGCGAAUCGGGUGCGUCAGGCCGAAGCUGAAAGGCGCAGGAAGCGAGAUGAGAAAGAUGCACGUGCUCAGAAGGACGUAGAGGAGGAGCGGAAGCAGAGAGAGGAGCAGAAGCGCCAGCGUGAGGAGGAGGAGAAACAGCGGGCCGAGAUGGUGCGCAAGCAGCGCGAGAAGUCCCAGAGGAAGCGCGAGGAGAUCCAGAGGCAGCGCGAGGAGGAGAUGAAGCGCCGCAAGGCUGAGGCGGAGGCCGAGAAGCAGAGGCUGAAGGAGCUGCAGGAGGAGCACGAGAAGCAGCUGGAGGGUGCCCGUCAGCAUCGCAUUGCGGAGGAGAGGGAGACACAGAAGAGGGCCGAGAAGAAGGCCGAGGAUGAUUUUGCUGCGACGCGUCGUCAGCGGAAGGAGGAGGAGGAGCAACGGCAGCGCCAGCGUGAGGAGGAGGAGAAGCAGCGAGCCGAGAUGGUGCGCAAGCAGCGCGAGGAGUCCCAGAGGAAGCGCGAGGAAUUGAAGCAGAGGGAGGCCCAGGAGGCAGAGAAGAUCAAGCGCCAGCGAAAGGAAGCACAAGAAAAGCUGCAGAAGAGGCGGGAAAAGGAGAAGGAGGAGCUCCGCAAGAAGGUCUCUGAGCGUCGCAUGAAGGGCAAGACAGACUCAAAAAAGGAGCAGAUUCUCCAGCAGAAGAAGAUGGCUGCUGCUGCAGAGCGAGAGCGCCUUGAGGAGCAGCUUAGGAAGCAGAAAGAAGCGGAGGAGAGGGAGAUCGCGGCAAAGCACAGGCGAGUGAUGGAGCAGCUAGAGAAGAACUACGAAAUCGUUAACGAGGAGGAGUACGAGCGGGAGCGCCGGGAGCGGGAGGAGAGGGCAAGGGAGGAAAGGAGAGGUAUGGACAAGGUAACUGAGGAGGUCCUCGUGGAUGCAUAG